AUGCUUCAUUACUCCACAAUUGACUCAAGCUUCAUCCUCUGCAGCGGAUGGAACGGCGUGGCACCGACGGCUUCUCGACAAACUGUUGCCGGAGAGAAAUCGAUUGUGAUGAUGGUGCAAUCCGCGGCUUGGCCAAGUCUUCAUCACCGGCGACUUCUCGAGCGCGAUGAUGGUGUACGAGCGAUGACUUCCGACGAUGGGGGUAGAUUACCAAUUGUGGAAUCCAUAUCCUUCUCCCUGUCGAACAAUUCUCGGCCGACCGAGGCGACGCCACCGAUAUACGCCCGUCAUCGUCGAGGAGGGGAAAACCGACAUUUUCGAUCUGUUCCAGUAAACCCGAAGCCUUUUCUGAACAAUUUGACUGGGAAGCCAGUAAUGGUGAAACUCAAAUGGGGAAUGGAAUAUAAAGGUUUUCUCGUAUCCGUGGAUUCUUACAUGAAUUUGCAGCUUGCAAAUGCUGAGGAAUAUAUCGAUGGGCAGUGCACGGGAAGUCUUGGGGAGAUAUUAAUUAGAUGUAACAACGUUCUUUAUCUGCGUGGGGUGCCCGAGGAUGAAGAAAUUGAAGAUGCAGAAAACGAGUAG